UCGAAAAUAUUUCAUUUUGUGUCGCAAAGAUAUUUAGCAGUGUCGUCAACGCUAUUCCGAUCCCGGUUUCUCAUUCAUUUGUCUAAAUAUGAUGGAACAUAAAUAAUUUUUUUUGCCCCGAAAUCAACAAAUAAUUACCAAAAAGCGUUGCUCUGCAUCCAUGAUGCCAUUGGAGGAUAUAUUGAUAAGAAUGAGGGAGAUUUUACCCGACUUAGGUCGCAAGCGAAGAAGAAGUUCGAACUGUCCGGACAGUGGUCCUCCGCCAAAACUUAUCAAGAACGUGCAAGAACGGUUCGUUCGAGAUGAACCAAUACGACAGCAAUCAACAAGAAAAUCAUUUCUGAGAUCGAUGGGAUCAAUAUUGUCCAAAUUUAAGUCAAACUCAAACGGAUGUGAGCCCACUGAGUGUGAGGAAUAUUCCGACGGUGAAGAUGUUAUUAUCAUACAAAGAUUCCCAAAACCCAGCCCAACCUCACCUCGACAUCAACCAUUGAACAAUUAUCAGUUCGGUAAAAUGGAUGCUGUGAAUAAUAUAUCUACCGCCAACAGACCGCUGCCGGGUUUAAUACCCAAAGACAAGUGGAGUCGGCUGCCCAAUCUACACAUACGUCCUAGUGUUGCCCAGCCACGGGUCAAUGGUUAUCAAAACGAAAGUGACACGAGCAGUGUCCGAAAUCACGUUGUAAAUGGUACUACGUUGUCGUAUAAGCCGCUCAAUAGCCAACACAUUGACUCUGCGUUAGGAAAAAGCUACACGAGCUACAUGAACUCAACGUGUAUGGGACCGAAAUUUCCGAGCCUCGUGCCACUGAGAUCGAUCCACACACACAAUGAUGCUGAGGACAAACUUCGGUUCGAAAGAAUGCUGAAAAGUGCUAUUCCAGACUAUUGUGUUGCAGAUCCGUUGCCCACCUCUAAGCGGCCGACAUCCGUUCCAAAUCAUAUAGCCCCGAGACCGCCGUUGCGACCGUCGGGAAUCCAUUUAAUCGAUGAUGAUCUUCACAAAAAGCGUGAAGAUGUGCGACAACGGUUUGCUGAAACGUUCAUUACCACCGAACGUAAAACGGCACCAGUUAACACAAUGCGGAUGAAAACGGAAUCAUCGCGAGUGUGCCAGAAACAAUUUCCGGACAUGGUGAAGGAAAAAUACUCCCCUGCGAUAGCACAACGGCACGAAAAAAUUUCACAACAGGAAAAAGAAACCAAGGUACUUGCUUCCAUCCGAAUGAAACAAUCCAAUUCGUAUGAAAGUCUUACACCCAAUUGGUAUACACCGAGCAUUGUGAUUUUCGACGAAGAUAUCGAGGACAAGAUUGAUGAUUUUCCAGAAUUUACCGAUGCGCAGAGACAGACGAUUAGACAGGCUAUAAUUGGAAGUCCACACACUAAUCUUAUAACCAAAUUCAAUAUUCAAAUAACUCGGUUGCAUAUCCUCACACUGCAAUGGGAACCUACAUUAGCUUGGUUAAACGACGAAGUAAUCAAUUUCUACAUGAGCCUGUUGACAGAACGCGGUGAACUUCGUGCCAAUGAUGGUUACCCGAAAGUGUACGCUAUGAAUACAUUCUUCACACAACGUUUGUUCCAAGGCGGCCAUUCAGCUGUGAAACGUUGGACGAAAAAGGUCGACCUAUUCGCCUGUGAUAUAAUACCGGUACCAGUGCACGUAGGCAAUGUACAUUGGUGCAUGGCUAUUAUCAACAUGAAAGAGAAAACGAUCAAAUAUUACGAUUCAAUGGGAGCGCCAAACCAUCGGGUGUUGUCCGAAUUGGAAGAUUAUUUGAAGAAGGAGAGUUUAGAUAAGCGAAAAAUCGAAUUCGACACCAGCGGAUGGAGUAAGGAAAAUGUUACCGAUAAUCCACGGCAGGAGAAUGGCAGUGAUUGUGGCGUGUUCAGUUGUAUGACAGCGGAAUUCAUUUGUCGAAAUCGGCCAGUCUCAUUCAAUCAACAACACAUGAACUAUUUUCGACAAAGAAUGGUGCUGGAAAUUUGCACGGGGAGUCUGUUGCUGUAAAGUUCUUUUUUUUUAUUUGUACUCAUAAUUUAACGAUUCGAUACACACACGGAAGAAUGGAUGUCGGAAUAAUAAUAAAAAAUUUAUGACUGAGAACCUUCAUUCGUAGUUAAUAAUGUGAAAUAA